CUUCCACGCUUCAUACACCCAGCAUUUCAUACAAUACACUUCGCCCUUGACUUCUAAUACGAUCGCCAGGACAUUAUGGACGAGACUAUGAGCGACGCUCUCGAUUCCCGCGAGAUGGACGACCAAGAACAGACCGAGCAAAAGCUCAUCAACGAAGAGUACAAGAUGUGGAAGAAGAACUCCGUCUUCCUCUACGAUAUGCUGUACGGCCGCGCGCUCGAGUGGCCUACGCUCACAACACAAUGGCUGCCGGACAAGAAGCCCGUCGAAGGCACCAACAUGAGCCAGCACCGCGUCAUCCUCGGCACUCAUACGUCGAACCAAGCCCAAAACUACCUCCAAAUCGCCCAUUGCGAGAUUCCAGACGCCCGUGUUCCAGACCUUACCGAGCUCAACGAAGAGCGGGGAGAGAUUGGCGGCCAUGGCAAUGCGAAGCGACCCUUUGACUUCAAGAUUGUGCAGAAGAUCAACCACCCCGGCGAGGUCAACAAGGCCCGCUACCAGCCUCAGAACCCCGAUAUCAUAGCGUCGCUCUGUGUCGACGGCAAGGUGCUUAUUUUCGACCGGACUAAGCAUCCGUUGCAACCAAAGGAUGACUCCAUCAAGUUCGAGGCGGAGCUUGUGGGCCACAGCAAAGAGGGAUUCGGCUUGAGCUGGAGUCCUUUGAAAGAGGGACAUCUGGCGACUGGUAACGAAGACACUACAGUCAAGACGUGGGACAUCAAGAGUGGCUUCUCCAAGAACAGCAAGACCAUCAGCCCGACGGCAACAUACAACAUCCACAGCGCAACGGUCAACGAUGUCCAAUACCACCCAAUCCACAACCAUCUCCUCGGUACCGCGUCAGACGAUCUUACCUGGCAAGUCAUCGAUACUCGUAUGGAGACACACAAGAAGGCGCUGUACCGGAAGGAAGCCCACGAAGACGCGGUCAACUGCAUCUCAUUCCACCCCGAGUUUGAAAUGAUAUUUGCGACGGGUUCUGCCGAUAAAUCGGUAGGAAUCUGGGAUCUUCGGAAUUUUGACAAGAAGGUACACAGCCUGCAGAGCCAUCGCUCAGAUGUCAUCGGUCUGCAGUGGCACCCGCAAGACGCUGCUAUCCUUGCCAGCUCUAGCUACGAUCGCCGUAUUCUCCUCUGGGAUCUCAGCAAGAUAGGCUCUGAACAGACGGAGGAGGAGCAAGAAGAUGGCCCCCCUGAGCUAUCGUUCAUGCACGGCGGAUUCACCAAUCGAAUCUGUGACUUUGACUGGAACAAGAAUGACCCUUGGCUCAUGAUGGGCGCUGCCGAGGACAACCAGCUGCAGAUCUUCCGCCCUGCGCGCAAACUUGUCGAGUCGCUGAACAAGACUGUGAACCAUGGAGAGGUCUCAGACUGAGCUCCCUCAUCCUCUCCACAUGUUCCUUUCGAGGUGGCUAACACAAGAGCGUUUGCAGGUCGCGGCAACGACUUUGGCACACGAAGGGCUGUCUUCUCUGCCCUUUAGUUCCCAGACGAUAAGUGCGGGAGAGGCUUCAGAAGAAGAGUUCUAGUAGUUCUGGUAAUCCUUCAUGGAACGUAUUUGAAGAGAAGACGGGCCGUCUUCCUCGCCUUCGUUCUCGUGCUGAACGUGCAGCAUCACGGACUGAUGGUGGAGCAAAGUGAGGAGAAUAUGAGAUCGGUGUUGGGCGCAACAGCUUAGUGAUAUCCUUUUCAAACUCUUUUACGAUUACAGUUCCGUAGACACAUGAACCAAAAUGCGUCCAUUGUAACAUACUACUGUCUCACUCCG